CACCGCCCCAGCACCUUGUCGGUAGAUAGUCUACCGACAGAUAUGACAAAACAAGGAAGAGAGAUGACGAAAUGAGGGUUAGUUAGAUCCCAUCCUGCUCAAGACAUGAGCAACUCUGUCGAGAUUUUGGACUCAGUCUGCACAAAAUUUCAGUGACGAUGAAUUCUUCGGGUGAGACGAGAACAACAACAACAACCCAGAUUUCUGAAAGCACGAAUGAACACUUUUGCCUGAGAUUUUAGGGUUUAGGAUUCCGAGGAAGAAAUGGCCUGUAAGAUUGAGUGAGAAAGGGGCAGCGUGGUUGAAUUCGUAGUGCAAUGAACAGUGAACUUGUGGGUUGUUGUUUUUAGAGCUGAAGAGAAGGUUUUUAAUAUAAUUUCCAGCCAGGCUGAUGGCAGUCUGAAUUGCAUUGCACAUGCUUCUUCUCGUUGGGUGUAUGUUUUUGCAAUGUACAUGCUGCUGCAUCGAGCAGAAAUGACGCUCCGGGUCGAGCACUUUGCCAGUUCGAUGGAGUGGGGGCUCAUCACUCGAGGUUCUUCUGCAUUGGGUGUGGGUAGAAGCAGUUUAGGGACUAGCAGAGUUUCGUAUGAUCCCAAGCACCGGGUGUCGAUUAUGGUUGAAAACCCCUGCACUUGUACUCGACUCAGCCUUGGAAAGAGUCUCUUUCGGGAUGGACCCAUGUGCAGUAGCUUUGGUCGGGAAUUUCGAAGAAUUGGGGCAAUGUCACCGUUCGCCAGGUUUGAUGGUGGAACAGGCGGCGAGGGGAAGAUGAGCAGGGAAGGAUUUAUGAGCAAAGCCUGGGGCGCAUUGCACAAGCCUAUUGUGUUUCCUGAUUUGGUGAAAUGGAUGCACAGCUUGCUCCCAACGGAGAAGAAGCUGUGGACCGCCGGCAUAGUGCUCCUGUUGGCAGCCAUUGCGUGGCUCCGGAACUUGGCUGCGUCGGGGCUGAUCGAUGACACCGAGCCUCUUUUCGCUGAAGCUGCUCGUCAAAUGUUAGCGACGGGUGAUUAUGUUACUCCCCAGUUCAAUGCGCAGCCUCGCUUUGACAAGCCCAUUCUCAUCUACUGGCUCAUGGCCCUUUCAGGGAAGUUGUUCGGUCCGAGUGUUUGGGCGUUGAGGCUUCCAUCAACUAUCUGUGCACUAGGACUUCUUAUGGGUCUUCUAUCGACUGUGAAGCAAUUCGGGACAAGCAAUUCAUAUAAUGAUGUAGAGACACAAUCGGAAAAGUCUCAAGCUUUAUCGUCUGUCGGAGAACACUAUAUCCCAGCAGUGAUCACAAUCUCAGCAUUUGCUCUCAAUCUCGAGGUCGUGGCUUGGGGGAGCACAGCCUUGUCUGACAUGCUUUUAACGAGUAUGCUUGGCGCAUCACUGCUAAGCUUUUUCUGGGGCUACGUUGGUCGUUCUCUCACCCCACCCAAGCACCAGUGGGGUUAUAUAUUCUCGGCAGUCUUUAUGGGACUUGCUUGUCUUUCUAAAGGACCUGUUGGGAUUGCACUUCCUGUGUUGGUCUGUGCAUUGUUUCUUCUAAGCAGAGGAGAACUUUUGGAAGUCCUUUUUGAGGAGAUACCUUUUUGGAAGAGUAUCAUGACGCUGUUAAUCAUAAAUGUACCCUGGUAUGGCGCAAUGGCCGUAAAGCACGGACUUACUUACAUCUUUACUUUUUUUGGAUAUCACAAUCUCGAGCGUUUUAUGCAAGGUGUCAAUCAUCAUGGAGGCAGACCGUGGUGGUAUGGUUUGGCUGUGGUAGCCGUUUUGUAUUACCCCUGGUCAUUGUCCAUACCUCCAGCACUCCUGCAAGCUGGUCCAUGGAGGCAGUCUUGGCGGCUGGUCAGAAGGUGUCAAACUCUCCCGCUUUUUGCAGCAAGUUGGCUGAUUGCAGGUUUUGUGCUCUUCGCUCUGUCCUCCAGUCAGCUGCCAUCGUACUACUUGCCUGUGGCACCAGCAAUUGCUAUUCUUUUUGCUACACAUGCAUCCAAUGAUAUAUCACAAGACAAGAGUGGAAUACUCUCGAGCCUUUUCCCUGCAGUAUUGUAUGAGUUGUUGGCGGUUUUGUUCUGGUUUUCGCCGGGCUUCCUCCUGAUGUCUGGUGACAAAGUGGCUGCCGAAAUAGGACGACUCAUAAGUGAAAGGCAUUUGCAUAGAAUUUCUUGUGUGCUAUUUGGACUUGCUGGAAUAGUCACAUUUCGAACGGCAGAGUUUAGUAGUGCUCUUGGUUCGUGGAUGCAACCAGUGGAGCGGAAGGAAGAAAGUCCAAUGGAAAAGUCUGCAAGAACAUUUCUGCCAACUUGGGUAGUGCAUGCAACUGUGAUGGUUUGUUUUCUUGGAGCAUUCUUGACACCUGUGUAUAGUUUGGUUGAUUGUGUUCGUCAGGCUCCCCUUCGACAGUUGGCCUACACGGCCACAGCACAACAGAAAACUGGGGAGCCGCUUAUUAUGGUGGGGCCGAGAAUGCCAAGCGUGGUUUAUUACAGCAAACUGCCAACAGCAUUCUUCGACUCACCUCGAGAGGCAGUGGUGGCUAUCCAGGAAGAAGCAGCACCUUGGGUCACUUCUGCUCUUGUCAUCACUGAGGUGGAUGCAGCUCUCUUUCAACCUCCACCUGAUAUUCUCGCCGCUUCUGGAGACUACAGACUCUUACGCUUGCACAAGAAUCCAAAACCAUUAGCACCUGAAACUUCCUGUCACCCACAAUCAGUGGAGGGCUUGUAAUGAUUUAAUGAACGUGUAGCUUGAAUAGAUAUCCUGCAGAUGCGCGAGCACUGCUUUGUAAUUGUUGGUGCUGCCGAAUUCUGGACUUGGAGUGAGCUUGCUGGUUCGUUUUGGACAUCUUACUGAUUGUUUGAGCACCUUCUUUCCAGUGUAGACGUCAUCUUAGUUCUUGCGUAACAUCUAGUUCAGUUUUAGACAACCGAAUGUUCAGGUAAUGGGUUGGGUUCCUUUGUACUUCCUGUAAUGUUUGUUCAACAAAGAUGAAUAACUUGCAUUAAAUCUGA